AAGUAUUGGUAUAAAGAUGCCAGCGGGGUGACCCGUCGAAAGCUCUUGCCACCAGCAUAUAGAAGCCAGUUCGCAAACAAGCAGAUUGUAUGCGUCGAGUACACGUCGCUGACCGGAGACCAAGAACGAGAGAUCUUUCAGCGCGUACAGCUAGGAAUGGCACUGACACCCGCAGAACGUAUGCAAGCGCUCGUUGGCGUUUUGCCUUCGCUCGUCAGGGAAGUUCAAUCGCAGAUACUGGGUGAGAGCGGUUUCCAAGGCUGCCUUGAUUGGGGUACAUCCCGUGGCCGUGACUUUCACUGUCUCGCAUCGAUUCUGUUCAUGAUCCAACACCUCCCCAAGAAGACGUUCCCCGGUUCAUCUCAGCUCGAGAAAUGGCUCUCAGAGACCGAAUUGCUCAGCGAAAGGCUUCGGACGGACUUCAUGGAGAUCUUCAGCGUGUUCAUCUAUCUUGCUCGGGACAAGCACUACAACGCGUCGCUGAACAAGCCGUCGCGCGUUUCGCCGAUUGAAUUCAUCAUGAUCGGCGUGCUGAUUCAUAAGUACCGCACAAAGCUCACGAUGACGCAGCUUUCGUCUGCGGUGCAGCAGAUGCGGUCGCACGUGCGCGUAACCUUCACAGACAUCCGGUCGAAUACCAAGGUUACGAGGACAUUGCUGGAUUUCAUUAUCAACGUCGAUAUGGACGUGCUCAAGAGGGACCCGAAGGACAAGCUUAAUGCGACUGACAAGGCUGCAUCUAUGGCAUCGGUUAAGUUUUCCACUAAGCCUCCUCCUUCUAAGCGGAAACGGGCGGCAUCGGAGGAUCUCGAAGAGAGCGAUGGUGAAGACCCUGAUGAUGUUGCUGAUGACGAUGACGAAAUGGACGUCGAACCGGAAACCCAACCGAAGAAGAGAGGCCGUCCCCCGAAGGCUGCAACGACCAAGGCCGCAGUGGCCAAGACGACGAGUGCGUUUUGUUUGCGAUAA